UCAGCUGUCUGUACCGCAGUAUUUGCUUUGCCUGUGGGUGAUGUGGUUUUAAGACCCAUGUUGUAUCAUUCCAGAGUGCAGGAGGACCACCCCAUCAUGUCUUUCACUGUUUCCAAAAAUGGAAGGUUAGCUCUGCUCAAUGUUGCAACUCAGGGAGUGCACCUCUGGGACCUGCAGGACCGGGUGCUGGUGAGGAAGUACCAAGGGGUGACCCAGGGCUUCUACACCAUACACUCCUGCUUCGGAGGACACAAUGAAGACUUCAUUGCAAGUGGCAGUGAAGAUCACAAAGUUUACAUUUGGCACCGUCGCAGUGAGCUGCCCAUCGCAGAGCUGACUGGUCAUACCCGCACAGUUAACUGUGUGAGCUGGAACCCGUCCUGCCAGGACUGCUGGCCAGCGCCUCCGACGACGGGACCGUCCGGAUCUGGGGACCUGCCCCAUUCUUGGAUGUCCAGGACGCAGAGGGCUCAAUGGUAUGAACAUGAAAACUAG